AUGCGCGUCACAUGCGCGCCCCUGCUCAAUUCAGCCGAUGUGAGGCGAGAAGGUGCGAAGGAGCUCAAGGACUACGACUUGCUCGUGCCGAAUGUGGAGCUGGCAACUGGAAGUGCUCCUGAAUUCCUACCGGGAGUGCCUCCCACGACUCUCGCACAAACAUUGAGCACGAAGGUGUUCUCUCUUUUGCACACAUCUCGGCUAGUGGAUGCCCAGGAUCUACGGAUAUGGUAUAAGCAACCCAGUUUACAGGAGGACGACCGCAUGGACGAGGAUGGCAAUGACGACGAGGACGCGGAUGACGAGCAAUCAGAGCUCAAGGCAUAUUGGACGCUCUACAUCGAUGUGCUAUUCAUUUCCUUUGACGGCAACCCUUUCGAUGCGGCCUGGGCUGCAAUUGUCGCCGCCCUACGAGACACAAAAUUGCCUCGAGCUUGGUGGGAUGCGGAUCGGGAGAUAGUCAUAUGUUCUCGUAGUGAAGAAAUGCCUCUAAACAUCAGCGGGCUACCCGUCGCGUGCAGCGCGGCCAUCUUCACCGAAAAGGAAGCCGAGAAAGCUUCGCAGGGCAAGCAUUGGGUGCUCGUUGACCCGGACAGACUGGAAGAAAGCCUUUGUGAUGAGGUUAUCACCAUGGUGGUUGACAAAAGUGGUGGACAAACAAGAAUACGAAACUUGUCUAAGAGUGGAGGCACCAUUAUCGGCCCACAGUUGUUGAGGGAUUUCACCAACCUAGCUGGAGCCCGAUGGGAGGAAUUUCGCAAGGCCAUACAAUGA